AUGUCGACUGUGGUCAGACAAACAACACAGAUACAGCAGAGUGAACUUGAGACCGAACGUAUCACUGUAAAAAUAAGCAGAGGAGAUAUUCGGGGAUUUCAUGUUGAUAAUACCGCAAGUAACACUUUUUAUCAAGGAGAAGCUGACGUUUUUCUUGGUAUACCAUAUGCGAUUCCUCCAAUAGGUGAACGAAAAUUUAAGAAAAGUGAAAUUAUUGGCAAAUACGAUGAAACAAUAGAAGCUAAUAAAUUUAGCAGCAUAUGCCCUCAGAAAGCUGAAGAAGUACUUCCACGGCCAAAUGACGUUGAAGUAUCAGAAGAUUGUUUAACCUUGAAUAUAUAUGCUCCAAAUACAAGUGACAAAGUCACUAAAUACCCGGUUAUGGUAUACCUCUACGGUGGAGCUCUUACGACAGGUGAAGCUGAAAUGUGGAUGUAUCACGGAAUCAUCAGCAACUUAGUUCGGCGUGGUGUUAUAUGGGUUUCAAUUAACUAUCGAGUUGGAUUCCAUGGUUUCUUUACAACGUUUACAGAAGAAUUUCCUCCAAAUCGUGGUCUACAUGACCAAAUUGUUGCGCUCCAGUGGAUACAUGAAGAAAUUGAUAAUUUUGGUGGUGAUCCUAAAAGGGUUACUGUUAUCGGCCAUUCUGCAGGUGCAUGUAGUGCAUCAUAUCUUGCUCUUUCACCAUCAGUUAAUCCAGGUUUGCUCAGUCAAAUAAUAAUGAUGAGCGCGUCAGCAGAAAUAUGCUUCGAGAAAGUUUAUGGCGAAUUUACCACUUCGUUAGAUAGAGCUGAACAAAUCUGCAAUAUAAAUGCUAGGAAUGGUUGGACAGAUCGGAAAGUCAAAGACAUGCUGCAAUGCGUAUCUGUAUUAAAUCACUCACAAAUAUCGGCAUAUGAUAUCGAAACAUUUCGCUGGAAUGCUGUAAUAGAUAAUGAACUAUUUACUGGUUUUCCUUCCGAGAUGCAAUGGCGCGACUUACCUAUGCUUAGUGGUUCAACUUCCGAAGAAUAUGCACUGUAUGCUGAACAAUUGCGAAUUAAGUUAGCAGGAAUAUGGACAGCCAGGGCGUCACUUGCAAAAGUAACUUUCGCAAGAAAUUCGUGGUAUACGUCUGUUUCAGAGCAGUGGAAACUGUCAAAUGGCAAAAUGACGCUAAGCGACUACAGCAAUAACCCGGAAGCCUGGGAUGAGCAAAUUCGAUGGUGGAUAGAAAAAAUUUAUGGUAACCAAAGUGUUGAAGCAAUUAUGGCGGAAGUUAAACGUGAAUAUGGUGUACCACGAAUAGAGAAUGAUAGUUUAGUUCAUAUGAAAUACGUGAUACGGGUCUUAUCAGAUCUAAUUUACAUUCAAGCAGUCGGAAAUGAAGCAGAAAUGCAUGUUAAACAAGGCUCAAAAAAUGUUUGGUUAUGGCAAGUUAACUUCCACACCGAUUAUUAUUCCUUUUACAGGAUUGAAAAUUACAAACCUGCCUUCCACGGCAUUGAUCUCUUUCUUCUUAUGCAGCCUGAUUAUGCAUGGGUCGGUGAAGAAGCCUCGAAAAGAUGGAGUACGCAGGAACAACAAGUUGCUCAAGAGAUAGCUAGCGAAUUUACUCAUUUUGCGAAAUACGGCCGCCCAUCUGAAGACUGGCAACGAUUAGACACCAAUAGAAUGAACUACUGGAGAAUUGAUUAUUAUGGGUCUGACAAAGGAAGAAGUUUAAAGUAUCCAGAUGAAUACGGUGGACGUUACUACAACUUUUGGAAAAAUAUCAGCAUUUUCUUUAGGAAGAAUAAUCAACAAAACGAUGCGAGAAAGUUAAAAGAUUACUAUGAAGAACCAGCAUUGAUACCGUUACUUGCUGCUUUAGUAUUCUGUGUAAUCACUUUUUUCUUUAGUUCAAAUAUUGUAAAAAUUUUUGCUUCUGCUGAAAGGUCAUCUUCAAGUCAUACAAUUCCAGAGUCAUCUGAGGAUGAAAACUAA